AUGUACGAGAGCGUGAGCACAUGCUGGGGAGAAAAGUCGUCGGCACAAGCAUCAUGGAUGACGCAUCGAUCUUUUAUAUAUUCCGCACUCCACACUAACCACAGAAUCCCACGGAACCUUCAGGCACACCCACGGCAGAAAAUGGCCAACGGAGGAGACGAGCUGAAGCUGCUGGGCAUGUGGGCGAGCCCAUACGUGGUCAGGGUGCAGCUCGCGCUCCACCUCAAGGGCGUGAGCUACGAGUACGUCGAGGAGGACCUCGCCAGCAAGAGCGAGCUCUUCCUCCGCUCCAACCCGGUGCACAAGACAGUCCCGAUCCUCAUCCACAACGGCAAGCCCGUCUGCGAGUCCCAGGUCAUCCUCCAGUACAUCGACGAGGCCUUCGCCGGCGUCGGCCCGCCCCUCCUCCCCGCUGACCCCUACGAGCGCGCCGUCGCGCGAUUCUGGGCCGCCUACGUCGAGGACAAGCUGCUGGCGCCGUGGGGGAAGGUGUUCAGGGUGAAGACCGACGAGGAGAGGGCCGAGUGGACGAGGCAGACGGCGGCGGCGCUGGGUCCUCUGGAGGAUGGCCUCAGGGAGUGCUCCAAGGGGAAGGGCUUCUUCGGCGGCGACUGCGUCGGGUACGUUGACGUCCUGCUCGGCAGCAUGGUGCCGUGGGUGCGCGCCACCGAGAGGCUCUCCGGCGACAAGUUAAUAGACGCCGGCAAGGCCCCGCUGCUGGCGGCAUGGAUGGAGCGCAUUAGCGAGCUCGACGCCGCCAAGGCGGUCUUCCAGGACGUCGACAGGGUGGUUGAGUACGCCGGGGCAAUACAGGCCCGGCUUUCCGCCGCGGCUGCUGCAAGCACCCAAUAA